AGAAACAGAAAGUGAAAUGCUGCCAUGUCACUGACUGGUCUGUCCUGAAAAGGCACAGACACAACCUUCUCAUACUGGGCUUGUGCAACAGGGCUCAAAUAUCAACCUCAAGCUCCGCCCGUCCGGUGCUCUGUACUGAUAAGAUCGAACGCAGCAGCAGGCGUGACAGGCACUUCUCUCGCACUGUUUACGGGACAGGCUCUUCCUCGUUUCACCCUGUUGUGUCUGCGCCAGGUCUGCACAUCUAACAGCGACCUGCGGUGACAGCGUCCCACACAUCACGUGGUACAAUGGAAUGCUGUGGACUACUUACUGCCCAGAAGGAACCAGUUCCCCUGAAGAGCAUUGAGGUGGAGCUGGAGGUGAAGGACCAUGUGGCGACAGUGGUCUCCACUCUGAACUACGAGAACAAGGAGGACAAACCUCUGGAGGCUGUUUUCGUCUUCCCUCUGCCUGGAGACGCUGCUGUCUGUCACUUCAGUGCUCAGAUUGGACAGACACAGAUUGUAGCUGAGGUGAAGGAGAAACAGAAGGCUCGUGAGGAGUAUGAUGAUGCGCUGAGCUCCGGUCAGCAGGCCUUCCUGUUGGAGGAGAGCGAGCAGAGUCCAGAUAUAUUCACUCUGAGUGUGGGCAGUCUGCCUCCAGGAGAGAGCGCCUCCAUCAGGCUGGAGUACGUCACUGAGCUGGCUGUGCAGGCGGAUGACGGGCUGAGGUUUUGUCUGCCUGCUGUGCUCAACCCUCGCUAUGAACCUCAGGGUUCUGGAGGUGCUGGUGUGAAGGUGACCUCUGUUCCAGCCUCUCUGGUUCCCUACAGUCUGUCGUUUUCUGUCCGAGUGUCGUCUCCUCGUCCAAUCUCCAAAGUAGAGUCCAGCUGCUCUCUGGAGCCUCUCCAGUACGUCAACACAGAGCAGACCCAGGCCACGGUGAAGUUGGCUGCAGGACACAAGUUUGACAGAGAUGUUGAGCUGCUGAUUUAUUACAGUGAUGCUCACAAGCCCACUGCUGUGGUGGAGGCAGGACAGGCCUCUGCCAAACCUGGGAGUCUGAUGGGCGAUCCAGUCCUGAUGCUGAGCCUGUACCCUGAGUUCCCCCAGUCUGUGAUGUCUUCACUCGCGUCAAGUGGAGAGUUUGUGCUCCUACUGGAUCGAUCUGGGAGUAUGGAUUGUCCAACGAGUGACACCAAGCAGCAAGAAACUCGAAUUGCCAGUGCCAGGGAUACUCUACUGCUCCUGUUGAAGAGCUUACCAAUGGGCUGCUACUUCAACAUCUACAGUUUCGGCUCCAGCUUUGAACACAUCUUCCCUAAGAGUGUGAAGUACAGUGAGAAGAACUUAGAAGAGGCUCUGAAGAAAGUCGAAGCGAUGCAGGCGAAUCUGGGAGGAACAGAGAUCCUUGAACCCAUCAAACACAUUUACAGCCAGCCCUGCAUUCCUAAUCAACCUAGACAACUUUUUGUCUUCACUGACGGAGAAGUGUUCAACACCAAAGAAGUGAUUGAUCUGGUGAAGAAGAAUUCAGGUUCCCACAGAUGUUUCUCUUUUGGGAUCGGGGAAGGGGCCAGCUCUGCUCUUAUCAAUGGAUUAGCCAAGGAAGGAGGAGGUCACGCUCAGUUCAUCACAGGAACCGACAGGAUGCAACCCAAAGUGAUGCAGUCUCUGAGAUUCGCUCUCCAGCCAGCAGUGGAGGACAUCUCAGUCACGUGGGAUUUACCAAAGGGAGUGUCUGUCACUGUUCUCUCCCCGACAAUCACAACAAUUUUCCAGGGUCAGCGGUCACUGAUUUAUGCGCAGCUCAGCGGACAGAGUUCAGAGGCAGCAGAGGGCUGUGUGACGGUGAAGUACAGCCUGACAGGUCAUCCCUCUAAGAACAAGCUACACUUCUCUCUCAAACCUGCUGAGGACACUGGAUUAACAGUCCACAGGUUAGGUGCUCGAAGUCUGAUUCGUUCCCUGGAGAUGGACGAAAGAGAUGGCGAGGGACAGCAUGAUGAGGGGGUGAAGGAGAAGGUGAUGGAGCUCAGUGUCCAAUCAGGAGUGAGCAGUUCCUUCACAGCCUUCAUUGCUGUCAACAAAGGCAACUAUGAGCCGAUUCAAGGACCUCUGAUGCGCAGAGCUAUACCAGUACCCAGGAUGUAUUCGAUGGCACCCAUGUCUUGCUGUUUCAUGUCUUCACCUGCUAGUAUGUCCUUGGCAGACUUUUGCCUGGCUGACGAAGGUGAAGAGUUUGAAGAUUGUGAUGACAACUGCCUUGACGAAGAUUUCAAUGAUGAAGUCACUGAACCAAAACAGCAGCCACCCAGAGACCCUUUGCUGCAGCUGGUCUCCCUGCAGAAGGCGUCUGGCUGCUGGCUGCUUGAUCCGGCUCUGGCUGCUGCUGUGGGAAAGACCAGCGAGGAGGUGGAGAACACAAAGCCUCCAGCUGUGGACCAGGAAGUGUGGGCCACCAUUCUGGCUCUGAUCUGGCUUCAUGGAUUCAAGAUGGAUGCUAAGGAAGAGUGGGAGCUUCUGGCUAUGAAGGCUGUGUCCUGGCUCCGUGCUCAGAACGCACCAAGUGUGGCAGAGUGUGUGGUAGCUGCAAACACACUAUUGGGUUUCAGUGUGCAGACAAACGUCCUGGGGCUCUGAGGAUUUCAUUAAACUGCCUUCCUUUUCCUCUUCUUCAGGAUUAAAACCAAUGACCAUAGACAUAUACUGUAUACGUAGAGGCCGCAUUGGCCAACUGGCUCGUACACCAGCGUCGCCACCAUUUUGGACUGGGAAAGAGUGGCCUGUAAACACACGUUAGGGGGAGCUCCAUUUGUCUGUAUAAAAAAUACUUUUACAUUUUAAUUUCAACUAAUGUCAACAAUUGGUUUUCAAGGGUUUGUGAUCUACGUGGGUUUUGUCUCCAGUUAUUUAGAAUCAAUAGUUUGACUUGUAGUAUAGGCAAGAAUCAGUAUUUAUUUGAAUAUGGACAAAAAUCGUGGGUUAAACGUAAAAGAUUUGGUUCCUUAUCUUCUUAAAAAUAUGGGAUGAAAAUCAGCAUAUACCUACCUACGACUUCCACAGAUGUCUGUCUGUCUGUCUGUCUGUCUGUGGGAUGCAUAGGCUUCACACUUGGCAUAUGCUUUGUCCAUUCAGUCUGUGGGCCGAGUUGAACUUGUCCUCAUCUAUGUCCUCAGAUUAUAGACAGCAGCAGUGUCAAUAUCUUUCCCACCAGAUCAUUUUGAUUAUUUAUUUUUUUCACCAUAUUAAACUGACACAGAUGUUCACGGGUGUUGAUCUCCACUAUGGCAACAACAUUCAUAUUCAUAGAAUCACUUCCUUUUCAGCUAUUCUUCUACAAAGUCAACGUUUGAUUAAUUGCAGCAAUGCUUUAUAUCGAGUGAAACAACAGAGCUUUAAUUUUGAAAACGUCAGUAAUUCACAUUAUAUUAAGUCUAACGUGGACACACUCCUCUCUGUCUAGCAGUGAUGAUAUCCGAACAAUUGACAUCCUAAUUGAGAAUUUGUUUGUUUUCCACGUAGAUCACAAAACUCAUCAAUACAAAAAGCAGCUCAUUGAAAUCAGCUGGAAUUUAAACCUUAUUGUGUUUUUUUCCAGACAGACUGCACCUGGUAUGUGUUAACAGGCCAGUCUUGCCUGGUCCAAUAUGGCGGACGCAUUGACAUAUUACAGCAACGGGCAGAAGUGCACUUCAUGUAUAAAUGUAUGUCUUCAUAUAAUCAUUGGUAUAAAGGCAUAUUUACAACUUUUACAUUGCACAUAAUUAUUUGCACUAUCCACUUCAGUAAUAUUGUGUGCCUAAUUGUAUUCACACUAUGCUUCGUCUGUUCAGGAUUGCCCAUAUAACAAAACAAAGAAUUGUUCAUCUGUUGCACACCUUUAAUGUUAACCUUUUCUUAAAUCAGAAACUGUUAUACUGUAAUAUUAAAGUUGAAUCUUACGGCCUGAAA